UCCGUAGAAUAUGACAAUUGGGACCAUGCUGUUUCAGUUUUUUGAAUAACUCAAAACGUUUCAUAUUGUUUCAUUCAAGUUAAAGAAGAAAAUAAAGAAUUAACAAUGUCAGAUACAAGUGAUGUGGACAGUUUUUAUGAGGAAAUCGAACCAAAGUCAACCAAGAAGAAGAAAACUAUCAAGAAAGUCAAUGGAAAAUGGAAAGAGACCGAUAUGAAUGUUGAUGAACAUGAAAACAAUGAGAAUGACGAAAAUGAUGGAUGCCACGAUAAUGAUGAAGAUCUGGUCAAUAAAUCUAAAACAUUUCGAAUAAAUCCAUUAAAUUUAAUUAAAAACAAAGAUAUCCGGCAUAAGUUAUUCAAAAAACAGCAACAAGCUAAAAAAAAAGAGCAAAAGAAAACACGUAAACAACGUAAAUUGGAAGGUGGCACACGUAGUACCGGUCAUACAAUCGAAAGUUUACGCGAAAAAGACCAUACAACAGUUGAAAAUCUCGAAGACUCUGACAGCGAAGAAUUGCGAAAGGAAUUGGAAAUUGAUGAUUUCAGUGAAUAUUUCGCACGAGAAUAUACACCAAAGGUCCUAAUCACGUAUGCUGACAAUCCAGUCACGAAAACUAGAAAAUUUGGAAUAGAGUUGACGCGUAUGAUUCCAAAUUCAUUGGCGAAAAUUCGAAAUCGAUCAUCCAUUAAAAAGAUGGUUAAAAGUGCGAUUAGAGAAAACUUUACCGACAUCAUCAUCAUUAAUGAAAACAAUCGUGAACCAAAUGGAUUGGUAGUCGUUCACUUGCCAAAUGGACCCACCGCACAUUUUAAACUGAGCAACGUACGUAUAACAAAGGAAAUCAAUCGUAGUCAUUUAGAAUUCACGAAACAUCGGCCCGAAGUGAUUUUGACAAAUUUCACCACACGUUUGGGUUUGUCAGUUGGACGAAUGCUUGGUGCAUUAUUCCAUCAUGACCCAGAAUUCAAAGGACGUCGAGCAGUCACAUUUCACAAUCAACGUGAUUACAUUUUCUUCAGACAUCAUCGUUAUGAAUUCGCCAAAGAUGGAAGUCGUGCCAAACUUCGAGAAUUAGGGCCAAGAUUCACAUUGAAAUUGAGAUCACUUCAAGAAGGCACAUUUGACAGCAAAUAUGGAGACUACGAUUGGAUGAUAACAAACAAACGACACUCAAUGGAAGGUCGUCGACGAUUUUUCCUUUAAUUAUUUCAUAUUUUUCAAUUUGAUGAAAUUUUUCAAAUAAAGAACAUUUUUAUCGCAAAUAA